CCGAGCCCGACGUUGCUUAACUUCAGUGAUCGGACGAGAACUGGUGCUUUCAACGUGGUAUGGCCGAAAUACCAGCAAAAAGGAAUCUACAGCACUCGGUGUUCCCAGGCGGUCACCCAUCCAAGUACUAACCGAGCCCGACGUUGCUUAACUUCAGUGAUCGGACGAGAACUGGUGCUUUCAACGUGGUAUGGCCGUAGA